GUGAGGUGGAGUUUCCUGUUGAAAGAAUUAGGGAAGUUCAGUGAAACAUACUAUUUCAGCAAGCCAGAACCUGAAGUCUAGACCAGAGAAUUCACAUAAGAGUUUUGGUAAAGCUGCAAGAUAAAAAGCUUCACAUUUCCAUUUUACCUUCAAGAAAGCUUUCAGGUGUCACAGAAAGAGCAAACUAUCUUCCCUUUUCCCUGUGGAAAAUCUGCUUCCUGAAGCAUGGAAGAAGACUGCUAGUCACCACUCUUGGAAAUAUCAAAUUGUUCCAAAAGCCCAGCCAUUUUCAGCGUGCUGAAUGCUGCAUUGAGGUGGAGCCCUGCAGGAACUAGCUUUUGAUACACAGAGAAAAGGGGUUCUAGUUUCAUUCUUUAGAGCUACUAGUCAGUCAUUUACUAACCUGAGUGGGAUCAUGGCCCUCAUCCGGCUGUUCUGCUCCCUUGGAAUGCUGAUCAAAUUGACUCUGGCUGUGGACCAUGUACCUGUGCUGCUCUGGUCAACUCAUAGCUCAUUGUGGAAUUCUGAAGCUACUUUACAUGAAGGACAUAUUAUCUCAAAGCAGGAGCUACAUAUGCUAUUGCAACCUGUGUUUACCCAGGAUUCCAAGAACCUUGUCUUGUUCCUUCAAGAUACGCUUAGCAUCGAUGACUUCACACGUAACAGUGAAUCUUAUGAAAAUGAGAAGCCAUUUCACAAUAUUCAGGAGCUCCUUCAUUCUUCAUCCUCCUCCUUAGUUUUAUCAGCGGUUGACAGUCAGGCAAUCAGUCAUCUUCUGGACUAUCUUCAAGAAUCAGUGGAUUGGAAACUAACCAACUUAGAUGAGGUUGAGAUAUCUAAGCUGGAAGUGGACACAUCCAAGCCCAACAUAUUUGUGGUAAAGCUACAGCCAAUCAAAAGAUUAAAUGGAAUUUCUACUGCAAAGGCUUUCACUGAAAAUGACAAAAUAAUUGGAAGACUGACUACGAUUCUGCAAGAACAAGGAAUUCAGUUUUCAGCAAUUUAUACUGCAAUGAGACCUUCAAGCGUUCCCACAAGACCUGAUGUAGUGUUGGAGUCCAGACGACAACUAAUGGCCGUUGAAGCAACAGUGACAGUUCCAGACCCUCCACUGAAUGUGACCAAUGGGACCAACACAUGCAUCCUUUUUUAUGCCAGUAAUUUCAGCCUCACAGCCAACAAUUCAAUUCAUGUCGAUUUGACAAAUUUAACAUUUGUGUCCCGUAAGGUGAACUUCACUUCAUCUGUUUGUUCAGCCACCAAUACAACGUUGUCAUUGGACUAUACUGGGUUACUAGAUGGACUCAACAGCCUAGAAAUAAGAUUUCUAAUGACCAACAAGUUCUAUACAGGCUCUGCUCGAAACUGGUUUACUUUAGAUUCUGUUGAGAUUGUGCACGACAACCAGAAGACUGCUAAAUUUAAUGUCUCUAUCAUCUCUGCUCCUGCGGAGUAUUCAUUUCACUGUCAGCUGGUGGGGACCAGCAGUCUCUAUGGUGCAAAGCUGAUUCCAGCCAACAAUGAAGCAAAGAGCUGGGAUGUUUACCUUUCAGAGUUCCAAAUUCAAGGCUUCAAUAUUAAAAGUAACCUGUUUUCCUAUGCAAGUGACUGUACAUCUUUCUUCUCUCCGGGAAUCUGGAUGGGCUUGGUGACAUCAAUAGUUUUAUUAUGGAUCUUGACCUACGGAAUCCACAUGAUCAUGCAGCUCACAACAAACAGUAGAUUUGAUGAUCCCAAAGGCCAAUCUCUGUCAGUUCCUCAAACAGAAUAGCAGUGCAUUGUUUUGCCAUUGCUUAAAUGUUCCUUCCUUGUUACUAUUUUUAGUGAAAGUCAGGGACAAGUCAUAGGCAAUAAACAAACAAUCACAGAAGCCCAUGACCUGGCUGUGACUUUUACUACAAAUAAGGGGUGGGGACUGACUGCCUAGGGGGUGGAGGGGAGGAACGGAUAAUCCAAGCCCCAUGGAGGUGGGGGCUGAAGCUGAAGAAGUCACGGAGGUUCAUUAAAAUCAUGGAAUGUGAGACCUCCGUGACUAAACUAUAUCCUUACUUAGUAGUGAUGUGUGAUUUUUAUGUUCUUUUCACUUUAUAGAGAAUGUACCCUGAGCAGUUAGGGUGACGGAAAGGGCUAGUAAAACUCCUGAAAUCUGGACAAAUGGAAUCCUUCCUGAACAAGGGGACCUUACUCCUGGCAACACUAUUCUGCCAGCUGUUACCUGUUUGUUCACAGUUGUCUGAGUUAGUCUACACUGUGCUUUAAAAACCACCAGCACAGAGUCUCACAGCUCAGAUCAGUUGACUCUGGGUUGCAGAGUUAGAGCUACAGGGUUAAAAGUUGCAGUGUAGAUUAGUGGACUUGGGGCAGGAACCCAUGCUCAAGGCCUUACUAGGUGGAGCCCAGGUUCCAACCCAAGCCCCAGCGUCCACAUUGCAGUUUUAUAGCCUCAUAGCCCAAGACGCACAAGCUUGAGUCAGCUAACCCAGGCCAGCCACGGGUCUUUUAUCCCAUUGUGAACGUAUCUAUAGGGACUUGAGGUGAAGCCAGUGGCAGUCAUGAUUCUACCCAACCAUUAGAAAAAUCAGUAAAAACAUCCAGCAGAGUCAUUAAAUUAUGACAUUAAAAAGAAAGUGGAUUAGCACCAUCAUUCUUUGUGGUGGUUUUGAUGUCACUUUUAUAAUAGUAGAUGCAGAUUCCCCAUUAUAUGUAAACUUUUGUUACCCUGGACUAUGUCAUAUGAUGGAAGCCAAGAAAUAAAGAACAAUCUCUUACUAGCG